AUGGCUCUUGUCUCCCCUCUAAACAUCCACAACACGUCCAACGUCAAGUGGUCUGCCACCCAGGAGAGCGCCAUCAACCGCGAGUACCCUUUCACCGACCUCGCUGCUGAGACGCCAGACCAGUAUGUCGUUCGCACCUAUCUCCAGUUCCUGUGGCUCCCCGAGUCAAUCAUGCCACUAGAACUCCUUGUCCCCUCCCUUCAACGCGUCCGGGUCGCGUCCACCUCAGACCCCGACGCGCCUCACCCACUACACGGACUUCUUGAACCACUCCUGCUCUCAGUACGCGCGUCCUCCAGCAAGUACCACGUCGACUUGCCCGAAAUCCUUGCAAGCAAUGGUGGAGCAGGCGAGGUUGAAGAAACCAUGAUGUGGUUCGCGCUGAACCAUGAGAAGAUAGACUCUGUCGACGACAAAGUCGAGGCGUCUGCCAACUCGGAGGACGCGGUGCUUCUCGAGGACAAAUGGCGGAGCGGGUGGUUGCAGCGACUUGAGAGGCGAGAGGUACAAAUCCAAAUCUUACUAUACCUCCUCAAGCUUUCGCUCCCUGGUCCACCUGUUCCUCUGCCCGCCGUCACUGUCCUUGCUUCACCCUCAAAGAGCAGAAGAAAGCAGCGCGAGACCACCCUUGUCCCGUCCACAGAGGAACGGCUCGAAUCCUUCAUGGACAAAAUAUCAAUGUGGCAGCUCGCCGACGCGUCGGGCGCCGAUUUUCAGACACAAGCACAGACCAAAGACGAGCAAGAUUGGAUGCAGAAGUACUGCGAGCGCAUCGUCGAGCCUCAGUUUAAAACCUCCCUCCCCGAAGCAUGCGAGCUCCUCCGCAGCAAAGUCUUCCCCUCCUCCCCCUUCUCCGACGACGAAGGCACCGCCCGCUCCCGCUCCCCCUCGCCAACUGGCUCCGAAGCACUCUCAACCCGCGGCACAUCACGGCGCUCCUCCCGCCAUCCAUCACCCGCGCCCUCGGAAGCGUCUACGUCCGCCCGGAACGCAGACCAGCACUCUCGCUCCCGUUCGCUGUCGGUCUCGCUCGCAGAGGACGCGAACGCGCGACGGACGGCGUACUCCGCCUCCUCGGGCGCGGCGAUCAAGCGCGCGUUCAGCAGGGAGAUCAGCAUGUCCCGCGCGUUCAAGGCCAAGCCUGGCGCGAAGAAGAAGUCCAACGCCGGGGCACAGUCUCAGGCCCAGCUCCCGACUGCAAAGCCCUCGAUCACCAGAGGAGCCGGGGGACGAUCCAUGUCGUUCGCGGCGAAGUCAUCCACAGCUGCGUCGGCAUCGGCAAAGUCUUCGGCGGGUGUGACGCUCGUCGCUGCUACGCCCGUCAAGCGUGCGGAGAAGCAGCGGAACAGCGCCUUCCAGCGGAGCCAGACCACGCAGACCUUCCAGCGCUCCCUAACGUCCGCGAGCCUGUUCUCGUCUCGCGCGAUCAGCCCAAACCUGAGCUCAGGCGCGGAAGAUACCACUAUGGCCGACGUUAUGGAAGGACAGGAUGGAGAGGACAUGGAGGAGGAAGUGUGGCUGCCCGCUGACAGUUCGCCCGAUAUUCUGUUGCUCGGGCCAUCGAGGAAGCGGUCAUCAUCGGAUGCGGAAGGGGCAAGGGAUUACGAAGACGACGACGAUAUGGACUUUCCGGAGGUGACGCCUGUGAAGAAGCGGACGAGAGCUGCGUAG